UGCAUACAAAGAUGCCCAGAGAAUUGGCUGCCCCAUCUUCCUCUUCUUUUCUGUCAGUAUAUAACCAUUAUUUUCUCACAUUAUAAUUAUGUUUUCAUGGCUAUUUCCCUUGUUAAUGUGUUUGGCCAGUUGUGUGGUAUGGCAGAAAUGAGUGGCCAAGUGGAUUUCCAAAGAGAUAUGGAUUUAGAUAGGAGUGGAAGCUUUCCUUUAAAGUGGCACAUCAUAAAGGAUUUGUCACACUUAAAUCCUUUUAGGGACAACAUAUUGCAGAACAAUGAGAACAUGCCAGUGAUUGACAACAGAGACAUACAAAGGAUAAGCUUCGAUAAAGGUCUGGGUUUGUUUAGCUUAUUCAAGGGCCAUACGUCGAAGACAUCCCUACUCUCCCCGGCCCAUGAGUAGGUAGAGGGCAACAAUGCAUGAGAGGAGUAAGAGUUCAUUUGAGAAUGUCAUAAGAGUUCAAUUUUUAUGAGUGUUAAAGUGAUUAAAGUGGAGUAAGAGUUUCACUUACUUUUACUAAAAAUAAAAAUAAAUAUCAAAAUAUAAGACGAACUAAAAUAGAAAUAUAGAUACUAAAAGAUAUAAAUGUGGGAGGGAGUAUAUUUUUUGACAAUUUCAACUCAAUUUUGAUAUAAACUUUUUUUUACAAUUAACACACUGUUCAUUUAAUUGAUUGCAGGGAAAUAAUUUCUUGAUUUGCCACAUUUUUUUGUUUCUCUCUUUCCGCUGCAUAUUAAUACUCCAAGAGCGUCGCUGCAUAGUUAGUCUUGCGCUCAACACGUCAGCCAGCGUCGUUGCGGCUUUUCAUGGGUGGCGCUUCCGUCGGUUUCCGCCCGACUGGGCUGAACUCUUAUGUAUUCUACGCCCUUCUCAUAAUAUUGUUGGUUGUGGGCAAGUUUUGUGCCGACGCCUUGCCGCCGCCGUCCAACACUAUUGCUUGUUGUAAGCAAGUUUUGUGCCGAUGCCGCCCUGUCGCCGUAGUUUUUGUUUUUUUAAAACUGCAGAGCAAGCGGCCUCUCUGUAUAGGUUAUGACUAUGUUUAUUUUUAAUUCAAACCUUUUCAAUUCCAA